AUGUAUAGUGUUUCCAAUUUUAAUGCUGUUAGGUCACCGUACUUCACGCAUGGGAAACAGUUCCUGGGCUCCAUGUGCGGUCUUGCAAAAACGCUGGUUAGCGAUCUCCGACUCGACAAGCCCACGCAACCCGCGGGAUGUCCAAGCCUAGGCCCUCGUGUUGAUAACAAGGAAGUUCGGAAGACCGAGGGCAGGUUGAUUAUCGGUCUCACUCAAACCGCCCAGGUUGCCAUCUACGAUCUUGCGCUCUUAACAAAGCCUACGGAUGAGUUGUCAGUGUCGCAUCUAGCGUUCGAGCCCAGGCGCAUCGAGUACUUUAUGGAGCUCCUAGAGACCAGUAAAGCCUGUCGAGAACACGCUUGGAAUGGCGGAGUCAUAGGUCUGACGGCUCCAUCAAUGCUCGUGUUCUCGUAUUGUAUCAAGACCUUGUACAGAUUCGCCAGCCUCAAAGGAAUCCCAGACUGGAUACCACCCAUCGUUCAAUCAAGCUUCGACAUCGUGCAAUGUCUAGAGAGGUUCGCCGAGAUUGCUGAGCAGGCUAACACGGAAUUCAAGGCCAAGACAGGCGAGGAUACUCUGUUUGCUGCGGCUGCGGAAACGCUAAGGGCUAUGGCACCAAACUGGAAACUUCCAACGACGGAGAACGAUGACGACAUGGGCAAUGCAUCGGAUGGAUGGAAUGGCGGUUUUGGUGAUUUUGGGGCACUGGACUUUUCGAGUGACUUCUGGUUGCCUAAUGCUUUCAAUCCUUGA